AUGCAUAAUUCCAAGCCAACAUGUUUAAUUUGCAAGGAGAAAGUAUCGGUGGUGAAAGAGUACAAUGUAAGAAGACAUUAUGAAACAAAGCAUUCCGAAUACGCGAAAUUUAGUAAGGAAUUGAAAACAAGGAAACUGGAUUCGCUUAAAUCUGAAUUGAGAAAUCAGCAAAGACUAUUAAAUUCAUCGAUACACUCUUCUUCUGAUACUGUUAAAGCAAGCUACUCUGUUGCAAUGAUAAUUUCAAAGAGAAUGAAAUCAUUUUCGGAUGGAGAAUUCGUAAAAGAGUGUUUGGAUGCUGUCGUGAAAGACAUUUUGCCAGAUAAAACUAAAAAGUUUUCAAACAUUAGCUUGUCACGUCAAACCAUAUGUCGCAGGGUUAAUGACAUUUCAAAUGAAAUUGUGGUGACUUUGCGUGAUCAAAUAAAAUAUUUCAAAAGUUAUUCUUUGGCCUUUGACGAAUGCACGGAUAUAUCAGACACGUCUCAACUUGUAGUAUAUAUUCGUGGAGUUACCGAAUCUUUUCAAGUGAAACAAGAAAUGCUUAACCUUGUCAGUUUGAAAGAUACUACAAAGGGCGAAGAUAUUUUCCAAGCUGUUAUGAAAUGUUUAUCCGACAAUGGAGCGAAUUUAGAGACCCUUGCUGGAUUGACAACAGAUGGGGCGCCGGCUAUGAUUGGAAGAAAUAAAGGAGUUACGGAAAUAAUUGACCUACAGUGCAACAGUGAACUAAGACUUGUUUAUCCUACUAUAUCCAAAAUUGACUUUUAUAACAAAUAUGUGACUGCAGAAAAAUAUCCCAACUUAAGAAUUUUUGCACAAAGAGUUGUAAGCUCCUUUGGAUCUACUUACGUAUGUGAAUCAUUCUUUUCGAAAUUAAAGUUUAGUAAAAGUAGAUAUAGAUCUUCUUUAACAGAUAAAAACUUAGAAAACCAAUUAAGAUGUGCAACUAAACGAGAGCAUCGAAGACAGGCCAAUAAACGAAUUGCUCAACUCCAACAAAUUUUUUGGAUAUCAGUAAUACUCAAUUUGAUUUUCAGUGAACAAAAUGCAACGAUCACGUUGAAUUUCCGGAAGUCGAGGACAACUGCCUGGUCAGAAGUGUCUCUGAAGACUUCUUCAAAAUAUGCAGACAUUGACUUUAGGAGCGACGAAGCAUACUAUAAAAACUUAAAUUCUUAUGAUACUUUUAUUGAAACAGAAAGAUCCAAAAAACGGCCAAAUUGUUUGGAAGAAUGUCCACAACUUGCACAAAAAACUAAGAAAUAA